GAGCCGAAUCCACCCAUUUGGUCUGGCGCGGCCCAACCCCAAGACCUAGCCCACCACCGAAGCCGAGCCAACCCUUCCGUCCCCACUCCCCAGCUCCGGCCAUGCCGUCGUCGUCGUCGCUGAUCCACGGCAUCUCCAUCUCCGUCUCCGACGACGACGAGGCCACCGGGAAGGUGCGCGUGCGCGUCCGCCGCAAGCGCCACCGCGCCCCCGUCCCCGCCGCCGCCCGCCGCCGCAUCCUCCUCCUCCGCGCCGCGCGGCUGGGCGCGCCGCUCCUCCUCGCCUCCCUCGCCGUCUCCCUCCUCCUCUACGAGUCCUACCGUCUCGGGCCUUCCCAAUCCCACUCCUCACUGCCUCCGCCGGCGGACGCCGACCUAAGCCGCCUCUCCCGCGCCGCCCGCGCCGCUGAUGGCGCCACGAAGUCGUGCCUGAAGAUUCUCGAUCCUGAGAAGCUUCAAAGCCUGGAACUUCCAGGAACUCCUGAAACAAAUAAGCCAAUCAAGGAAGUUGUGUACCGAUCAAGUCUGCCCCAUAUUGAAGAUGAUAUUUCAUUGCAUACAGAGAAUUCACGAUUUAAUUCGUUCACAGGAUACCAAACGCUUACUGAAAGAGAAGAAAGCUUCAAGAUCAAGGAAAGUGUGAUGGUGCAUUGUGGCUUCUACAGUGAAAGUGGGGGAUUCAGAGUUUCUGAUGUUGACAAAGAAUACAUGAGAUCUUGCAGUGUGGUUGUGGCCACCUGUGCAUUUGGUGGAGGUGAUGACCUUCACCAGCCUGUAGGGAUGACAGAAGAGUCUAUCAGAAAGGUUUGCUAUGUUGCAUUCUGGGAUGAAGUCACUCGUGCAGCUCAAGAGGAGGAAGGAAACAAGAUUGGUGAAGACCUCAUGAUUGGCUUAUGGCGUAUCAUUCUUGUCAGCAAUCUUCCUUUCUCAGAUCAACGGUUGAAUGGGAAAAUUCCUAAGCUGAUAAGCCAUCGCCUUUUCCCUAUGGCAAGAUACUCAAUUUGGGUAGAUUCAAAAUCUCAGUUCCGGAGAGAUCCAUUAGGAGUCCUUGAAGCUGUUCUGUGGCGUUCAAACUCUUCUUUAGCAUUGUCGGAACAUGGAGCUAGGAGUAGCCUGUAUGACGAGGCUAAAGCAAUUGUUAAGAAACAUAAAGCAACUCCAGAAGAAGUUAAAGUGCAGUUGGAUCAGUACCGACAGGAUGGCAUUCCUGAUGAGAAAAGAUUCCAUGGAAAGAAAGCUCUUGCAGAAGCUUCAGUUAUCGUGAGGGAUCACACCCCUUUGACCAACCUCUUCAUGUGCCUCUGGUUCAACGAGGUGGUCAGGUUCACGUCCCGGGAUCAGCUGAGCUUCCCCUACGUCUUGAGGCGGCUGAGUCCUCCUGGUGUUCACCUGUUUCCAGUCUGCGCCCGCAAGGAUCUGGUUUACAGCUUUGGACAUAAGCGUAAGGUGAAACCGCUUGUCAAGGAGGCAAGAUGAGCUUCUGAAUAAUAAUACUCUUUCGGGUGCCGUCUUGCCAGCAGUUCUGCUGGUGCAUAAUAUCAGCCUGCUUGAUCUCGGCUCAUAAUCAGUGUGUAGAAGAUGCUGACGUAGUGAGAUUUCAGUCACAGUCAGAGAGCAGGCGUUGAAGGCCAUUGGCUAGCAAUGUAGUGUAGUGUAGAGAAAAGAUCGGAAGGUGUAAUCGACGACACAUUGUGUCAACGUUGCUUCAGGCAAAUGCAGCUUGAGCUGGCCGUUUUCUUCUUUGCACAAAAUAGAAGAAUUGCAAGUAACUUCCCUGUCA